CUUAAGUGUAACAUGUUAUUCUUUUCAGGUGCACGCCUGUAUAAAAUACCUCUGGAGCGUGCAUCCACCCACAGGAAACUUCCCAUGCCCUCUGUCACAUCAGGUCAGCUCAGUGAGCCCACAGAAUCCAGCUCUCUGUCUCGUGCGGAGUGACAGUCACUGCGGCAUUUGGCUCUUUUGCCAUGAUCUCAGCACAGCAGCCACUAUUCCCCAGCAAAAUUCAAAGAACAAUGGACUGCCAAUCUGAGGAAGAAGCAGCCUGUGAAGAGCAGUACAACUCAGAAAACUGCACUUGCAGCUCCGAGCAUGCAGAAUCUGACACAGGUUUAGUCAAAGGCUCACCAGUAACUCUUAAAAUACUGCAGAACUGGGUUCCCAGAGUUUCACACUACUUUGAUAAGGAGCACUAUACGUACGUUGGCCACCAGAUUGUCAUUCAGGAGUCCAUAGAACACUUUGGAGCCGUGGUAUGGCCAGGGGCACUGGCUUUAUCUCAGUAUCUGGAAUCAAAUCAAGAACAAUUCAACCUCAAAGACAAAAAAGUUUUGGAAAUCGGAGCUGGAACAGGCUUGCUUUCCAUUGUGGCCUGCAUCUUAGGGGCUCAUGUUACAGCUACUGAUUUGCCUGAAGUUCUUGAAAAUCUCUCAUACAAUAUUUCAAGAAAUACAGAGAACUUGAAUAUGCACAAACCUGAAGUGAGAAAACUGGUAUGGGGAGAAGGCCUCAAUGAAGACUUUCCUGUAUCAACUUACCAUUAUGAUUUCAUACUGGCAACUGAUGUUGUGUACCAUCAUGGAGCUCUGGACCCCCUGCUAGCAACAAUGGUGUACUUUUGUAAGCCAGGAACAGUAUUACUAUGGGCAAAUAAAUUCAGAUUCAGUACAGACUACGAAUUUUUGGAAAAAGUUUGCAGUAUAUUUAACACAACCAUUCUAGCAGAAUUUCCAGAAUCAAAUGUCAAGCUGCUUAAAGCCACAGUAAGAAAGAAUUAAAGAGAAAACUAUUACUGAUCUUGAUUUAGCAGCAGCACCUCACAAAUUGGAAUGCUUCCCAAGAUUAUGUUGAACCAUCUGUGCAUUUAUGGUUGUAAAGUUGCAGUUGCAUCUAAGUUUUGCAUUGCAAAUAGAAAAAAAACCCAGCAAGGAAAAAGAUAUAGCAGUUUGUCUCUGGUUGAUAAAUAUGACCUGUUCAAACUGACCAACUCCCCUCCACUGAAAGAACAAUGUUAGUAAGAAGGCUUUAACAAAAAGCAUUGAUCUUUUGGGCUGCACUGAACCUCUGCUGUUUGUAAGCUUUCUUUCACCACAUUUUAUUUAGGUACUCAUCCAGAAACCAAUACAAUUUUAGCUUCAGUAUUUUUAUUCAUUAUAAAAACCUUUUAAAGUA